UGUGCCAGGCAUCAAAUGGAAUUGACUCAGGUCUCAGUAAAGUGGCACAUCUUUCUGUUCAUGUUCCUCCGAGAUUCUCCACACACACUACAAAUGUUACAGUACCAAAGGGAAGCACUGCUAUACUUAACUGCACAGUGGCUGCUGACAAACCAAUAUCCAUUACCUGGUACCAAAAUAAUCAUGAACUUAAGCCUAAGCAACACCCAAAAAUAAAUAUUAAAAAAGAGAAUACAAGCAAAGGAGUAACAUCAACACUCAUGUUCAAACAUGUUCGCAGAGAAGAUACUUCAUCCUUUAUUUGUGUUGCCUCAAACAAAUAUGGAAAGGACCAAUUAGAAAUGAAACUUAUUGUCCAGGAAACUCCUGAACCACCUACUAAUGUUCGUGUAAAUAACUUCACAAGCCGAUCAGUCUCUCUCAGUUGGGAGCAGCCAUAUAAUGGAAACAGUGCCAUUGGAGCUUACAUAGUGCAGUAUAAGAACACAACAGCAGUUCCUUGGCACCAGAAUGUUGUCCAGGUUGUAGUUCGAGGAGAUCAGCUGAAUGUUACCCUCAAAGAUCUGAAACCUGCAAAUGGUUACCAGUUCCAAAUUAGAGCAGAAAAUUCUGUUGGUGUAUCCAAUGCAAGUGAAACAGUAACUCUGACUACGCUGGAAGAAAUACCAGAAGCACCACCGAGGGACAUCGAGAUUAAAGUGAAAGAUUCCAAAACACUUCUAGUGACCUGGAAGCCACCUGAUGAAAGCCUACAAAAUGGAGAAAUAUUGGGAUAUUAUAUCGGGUAUAAGAUCAGUAAUUCAUCAGAGCCAUUCCAUUACAAAACUUUUGAAGUAACCCCUGGAAUGGAACUGCGAAAUACAUUGAAUGAAUUGCAGAAAUUUACAGAGUACAGUGUCUUAGUUCAAGCAUAUAACAGAGCUGGUGCUGGCCCGCACAGUAAAGAAGUCACUGCUACAACAGAGGAAGAUGUGCCAGGAGCACCACCUAGUGAUGUUCAGUGCACAGCAUUGUCUUCACAGAGAAUUUUAGUGCUGUGGUCUAGUCCUCCAGAAUCUGCUAUCAAUGGAAUACUGAAGGGUUACAAAGUACUCUACCGCUCACUGGCAGACUUUGAAGACUUCUCACAUCCUGUGGAACAAAUAACAAGAGACAAUAAAUUGGAAUUAGCUAAUCUUGAUCGAUUCUGUAACUACAGUAUAGAAGUUUGUGCAUUUACCAACAAAGGUGAUGGUGUUAAAAGCCGGCCAAUAUUUUGUAGGACGUUGGAGGAUGUACCCAGUGAACCUGCAGACAUAAAGGCUCUUAUAAUGGAUUCAAGAACAAUUCUAGUCUCUUGGAGACCUCCAAACUACCCAAAUGGCAGAAUCCAGAAGUACAAAGUGUAUGUGAGAUCACUGGAUGGAAUAGGUUUGGACAAGGACAGCUUUGACAUUCCUGCUGAGCAGACCUUUUACACUAUCACUCAUUUAGAGUUGCACCACCGUUAUGAAUUCUGGGUGUCAGCAUUUACAGCAGUUGGAGAAAGUGCUGGGUCCAGACAUAUCGUGCAGGCUCCAGCAAGUCAUGUACCUGCACAAAUAGCAUCUUUCACACAACAGGUGAUAGCUGUACUUCAUGAAGACUUGCACCUGUCUUGCAAUUAUGUUGGAGAACCGGCACCACUUCGCCACUGGAGAAAGAAUGACAAACCAGUGCAAGACAGCAGUGUGAAAAUUAAUGAUGAAUGGCAGCUUUACAUCAGCUCAGUAAGACCUUCACAUGCUGGAAACUACACAUGCUCUGUGGAAAACAGAUUUGGGAAAGAUGAGAUAACAUAUUAUGUGAAAGUUCAAGGAAACAGAAAUAAAGGAAUUCCGCCCACACCAAGUGAUCUACGAGUUACUUCCAGAAGCAUUUCAAGCAUUCUGCUUCAUUGGAACAUUUCUUUGGAAAUUAAUAACAUUAUUCAAGGGUUUUCUUUGCAUUUCAAAAGGGAAUUUGGAGAAUGGGAAAAAAUAGUAUUAACAGCAGAUGAUCUGAGUUAUUUAUUGAGUAAUCUCCAAUGUGGAACCAGAUAUUAUUUGUAUCUGCAGACAUUCAACCAACUGGGGCAAAGUUCACCUACACCCACAAUCAUGACACGCACUCAAGGCUCAGCCACAAUUUCACCCGAUACAGCAGAGCAUUCAGUAUCUGGGGACAAAACAUUUUAUAGUGAUCUUUUGAUAAUAGGACCAACAGCAUCAGCAGUUAUUGUUCUUCUCGCAGCUGCCACUGGUCUUUUCAUGUAUCUCAGGAAAAAUCAAGAGAUGUUCUCAUCAAGUCCAUUUGGAGAUAAACCAUUGAAGAAGGAUUUAAUGUCAGAAGCAGAUAAGAGGACUGUUGCACCCAUUUAUGACAGUGAUGAUGGACUGGUCGCACUAAGUACAACACCACAGGAGUCUGUGUACCUGCCUACACCACUACAAGUUUCACAUUCUCAUAGAAAAGGCAUAAGCCCCUAUGCAACAUUUCGAGUUCCUUUAGAAGGAUCAAUGAAAAAUGCUGAAAAUAUCGAGUCAUGUGUGUCAUCUGGAUCUGUUCAGUACACUGGACAUGUUAAGAUCUCAGAAAAGCCUGACUGUUGUACAGAAUUGACAUAUUCAAAAAUCCAAGAGAAUUCACAGUGUAGUAAUGAAGGACCUGAGUGGAUACCACUUCAUAAUUUGUACCAGGCUCAUAGAUACUAGUGGCCAACCCUCUCAGUAUCAUGGAGCAUUAUGCAUUAUUGCCGCUACAGGAAAUUUGUUAUACAAUUUAUUAAGUGCCUUUUCAUGAAUAAUAUUUUUAAUGAGUUGUGUAUUGUAAUUAAGACAUUGUAUAAUAGUGUUUUCCCAUCUCAGGUACAAUGAAUGUCUAUGUAAACUGUGUUGUAUAUAAUGUAUUUGUAUUUGACAAUAAUGUUUGUAACAAAU